GCAUGCUCCGGGGUAAAUGUCGUCCAAUGGUACCUGGGUCUCAGAUGGGCUGGUUCGGCUUCGGCUUUAAUGCCUUCGGACAGAUCCCUGAAGCCGCAAAAUGCGAGGGGAAAGAGGGAACGGGACAAAACGCCGAAGUCAAAGUUAUAGUUCCCGUCAAGAUCGCCUGCUGCGAUUUGGAUCGGCAGCCUAAGCGUGAAAGUGAGCAUGGGGCUGUAAACACGGGAUCGAGACUCGUCCAGAUCAGAGCCAGCUGGAGCCGAAGAGCUACCCUGCACCUUGGAGAUGACGGCCAUGUCUGUCUGUCCGGCUUCGGGACACCUGAUCGCACUGGGCCUCACAGCGUGUCGCAGAGCCGCGGCUGUCGGGAUGUGCAGGUCUCUGAAAGACACUUGACCUUAAGCUUCGCCGACCGGGUGGAGUGUUGGGCGCUGGAGGAAGUGGCUGGCGAGCCUGUCUGGAAGAUGGACCAUAGCCCUGCCAAUGAGGCUGGGCUCCCAUCUGCUCUGCCUUUGGUUCCAGGAGGAUAUGUUGGCACAGCACCCCCGUUUUUUCAUCCUUUGUCUCCACAGCUGCAUGUCACCAGCCUGGCUUUGGGGCAGCAGCAUGCUGUCUUACUGAGUGCCUCAGGGGGGGUCUUUACCUGGGGCUCAGGCAGUCAUGGUCAGCUAGGGCACGGCGAGCUGGUUGGGGAGACGGAGCCACGGGUGUUGGAGGCACUGUGGGGGAUGGCUAUGGCGGGGGUGGCAGCAGGGAACUGGCACUCCGUGUGCAUCAGCGCGGGGGGCGAUGUGUACACCUGGGGCUGGAACGAGAGCGGUCAGCUGGGGAUGCCGGCCAGAGCGCUGAAUGAGGCAAGGCGGCUCACAGGCCAGGAUGGCGCAACUCACUUGCAGUCAGAUGGAGAAGAGGAUGGCAGAGGGGUGUUCAUUUCCAUCCAGGCCUUUCCCGCCCUCGUUGACAUCCCCGAGGACUCCGAGGUCACCAAGGUCAGCUGUGGGUCACGUCACACAGCAGCUGUCACAAAGACUGGUGAUCUGUUUACAUGGGGUUGGGGUGAUUAUGGUCAGCUUGGACACGGUACCCCCCGCAGUUCGGACCAGCCACUGCGGGUUGACUACUUCUCCAAUCAGGGACUGUGUGUUUUGGAUGUCGUGUGUGGGCCUUGGAACACAUUUGUGUGUGCAGUUGAAAGGGAGCCCUCACUCAGUUAAUGACAAGGCAUAGAGUCUCCCUGCAGAGAUUACAAAUGGCAAAUCAGCACUGUGAGAUGAUUUCAGCUCCAUUUAAAUAAACAAGCUUAGCUCUACACAGUCAGCUGUGCUUGAAACAGUCCAGCUUAACAUGGGCUAAAAUUAUCUUGGAUUCAAGCCUACUUGUACAGUUUCAGUGACUAAGGUCAGUUUUGUAGAAGGAAAAAUUCUGAAAGGUAAAUUAUAUGUUAAAUGGGUUCCAAAUAUCUGUCCUGUGUCAUUUGGAUCAGGGAAGCAGUAUUAUGUGUGAAAUAAAUAUUGUGGGUUUCAUUUUUGUAGAUAAUAAAGUUUCAUGAGACUCAGAGAGCACA